CAUGGCCAAACCAGUUGAGAACCCCUGUCAUAGUGUUUCCAUCAAGUUUUUUGUUAUGCGAUAAUCUAAAAUGCGCAUACAAAUGGGUGGAUGGAAACAUAGCUAAUGAUGUAUUUGCAGCCAGACAAAUGUUUUGGUCCAACAUUGCUGUAAGAUCAUACAAAUAUCCAUAAUUUAAUGCCUAGGGAAAUCCUCUCAUGACAAAUAUCCAUGCUAACAUUCACUAUUCAUGCUAAACAUUCGGUAUAACAGGCCUGUGCUGAGCAGCUGUGUCACUACUAAUGGUUUCAUCCAUGGUGGGGUAUUGAUCUGUUUCUGUGAUGUUGAUGGCUGUGGUUUUGUACAUAUGGGGGCCACAGAUGCAUGCCUUGAAUAAUUAGAGCGCCAGAUGGUUUAUUCUGUCACCCUGUGGGUGACCAUAGCCCAUAUAAACCUGGGAGCAACAAAACCACAUAUCAGAGUCUACGUGAGUACUACUCAAGGCAAACUGAAGGUGAUGCAUUAUAUUCUAAUAGAUCAACUAUUAAUGGUUAAUGCCAAACUUUGUGACACCAAUUAAUGCACAGAGUGAACAGGCACAUGCAGGCCCUGCAGGAGAAAUAGCUAAUCCUGGUUUAUGAUUUUUAUGGGAUGACCUUGUGUGGAGCCAAAUGUAGAAAUUCAUCAUGUGGCAACUAAGAAAAGACACUUUCUCUUUCACUCCCUCCCUUUUCCGUGACACAGUCAGGGAUGUCCUAGUGAACUGUCGAAUCAGCUCUGUGUUGUCUUCUCUUUUCCGGUCAAGAGGAAUUCAUGCACUUCACAAUUCGUUGCAAAGCAGUGCAGUCUAAUUGCAUGAUCGCGAAGACGUCAAACUGUUCAAAGUACUGCGCCUGGAGAUCAGAGUUGUGCACAAAACUGGGUCAGCUUGUCAUGACUAAGCUGUAGCCGGGAACACAGUCAAGGAGAAGCGAGAGAAUGCUUUCCCCAAGCCGGCCCUUUAUCAGGAAUCCCCAACAAAAUGUGAUUGCACCCAAGGAGGAACAGCCUGAAGGAAUGCUGAUGUAUCUUUGAGAAGCCCUCCAUUGUCGAGGCUAAGAUGAUGAAGACGGAGGCCUCGGCAGAGAGGAACACCCUGAGGAGCGCGUCCCCGCACAGAAACGCCUACCGGGCUGAGUUCCAGGCGCUAAAGAAGGCGUUCGAUCAACCGAGGCAGGAUGGAGACCACAAACACAAAGACCCCGAGGGGGUCCGACAGCCUCGAGGGCGUCAAUACGGAGCCCACGUCAGUCGCAUUAAAAAUAUGUUUAUGCAAAUGGGGACAGAAAGCACCGGGUCAAACCGACAAGCCAGGGACGAGACUUCCCCACAGAAACUCAACAAGCCGACAAACUUCAUCAACAGAACAGACGGCUCGGUGGUCAAGUUCCAGCAAGGCACUGGAGAGCGGACGUCCGGUGGCCAUCACAACUCGAAGUUCUCUGAAACAAGGAAACUUUUCGAGCAGAGCUCCAGAGACGCCUCACAGUCGCCGGUGUACUCCUAUGGUCGGGAUAAAAGAGGUUCUCAUGAGCAUCUGGACGACUGGAGGGGAGCGCGUUCAAACAGAGGCAGCACAGACUCUUUGGACAGUCUUUGCUCCAGGACGGAGGCUUCUUCUCCCACUGUGAGCCAACUCAGCGCUGUGUUUGAAAAUAUAGACCAGCAGGGCUCCGGCGCUACCUUCAGAAGAAGCCAUGGAAGUGGACGAGGGUUGUACUCUCCUGAUGGCUUACAGAAACACGGGGAGGCCAGUGAGGAUGACACCAGUGCUCGACAGUCUCCGUCAAGUGGUUUUUACAGGACGCGAGUGGGCAGCAAGCACAAUCUUCCGGUUUCUUCAUCUUCGGAAGAUCUUCUCAGUCCUAGUCCUCUAUCGGAGGCGAAAACUGAUGAGAAGAAGAGUCAGGAGAUGAUUGAAGAAUCCGGUGAACUGCAGCUUAAGGAUGAGAUUAACUCAACUAAGGCCUUGAAUGGUUCUUCGACUCCGGCUGAAGUCAAUGACGCUGCAGGACAUUUGCUUGAGGCUACCAGAGUCCACGAGGACACGGACGGUCAUGUGAAAGAGGAGUCUAGGCGGAUUACAGAGGAUCAGAUUGAAGAAACCAAUGAGGAAUACUGUGGUAAUGAGAGAGUUGUUUUCAAUGCCGAUGGAGAUGCUUGCUACCAGGGCUGGGGCGAGAGCUGCACUGAACCAGAGGAUGACCUAUAUGAUGAUGACCUUUCCUAUGACCCAGGAUCGGAAAUUACGGAGAUUCCUGGUCUUCCAGAAGAGGAAAAGGAGGAUAUUCCACAAAAACGGAAAAUUCAAUUCAGCUCUGCUCCCAUAAAAGUGUUUAAAACCUACUGCAAUGAAGAUUACGACCGCAGGAAUGAAGAGGUGGACCCAGUGGCGUCCUCAGCUGAGUAUGAGCUGGAGAAACGGGUGGAGAAGCUGGAACUUCUCCCUGUGGAACUGGAAAAAGAUGAUGAUGGCCUGGGCAUCAGUAUUAUAGGAAUGGGUGUUGGUGCUGACGCAGGCCUGGAGAAGCUGGGCAUCUUUGUCAAGACUGUCAUAGAGGGAGGAGCUGCAGAAAGAGAUGGAAGAAUUAAGGUGAACGAUCAGAUCGUGGAGGUGGACGGCACCAGUCUGGUUGGAGUAACUCAGAGUUUCGCUGCUUCUGUCCUGAGAAAUACACAGGGAGUCGUCAGAUUUGUGAUUGGCCGAGAGCGUCCGGGACAGCAGAGUGAAGUGGCGCAGCUCAUCAGUCAGACUUUGGAGCAGGAGAAACGUCAGAGAGAGAUGAUGGAGCAGCAAUACGCACAAUAUGACGCGGAUGACGAUGAGACUGGAGAAUACGCCACCGAUGAGGAGGAGGAGGCUGGACAGACGGGAACAGACAGAGAUGUGGCCAUUGAGGUUUUCGAUUUACCCGAAAACGAGGACAUCAUCUCGCCGUCGGAAAUGGAUGCCACCAAACUGUUCCAGAAGUUUCGGGAGCUGCAGAUUAAACACACUGUCACUGAAGCCGAGAUCCAGAAACUCAAGAGCAAGCUGGCCGCAGUGGAGAAAGAAAAGGCUCGCUGGGAAAGAGAGAAGACCCAGCUCAAGCAAAGCAUCGAGGACAAUAAAGAGAGGAUGCUAAAACUGGAGAGCUACUGGAUUGAGGCUCAGACGCUCUGCCACACCGUCAAUGAGCAUCUGAAGGAGGCCCAGAGUCAAUAUCAGGCCCUGGAGAAGAAGUACAACAAGGCCAAAAAGCUCAUCAAGGACUUCCAGCAGAGAGAGAUGGAGUUUGCACAGAGGGAGGACACAGAGAAGAAGAGACUGGAGGAGGCAGAAAAGGCUCAUUUGGCUGAAAUCCAGAGUCUUCAAGUGAGGAUUGCUACUCUGGAGUCAGAGCUGAUGCAACUGAUGAAGCAAAAUGGCAUCCAAGUAAACAAUAACAACAACAGUGCUGAGAGCAGAGCGCAGCUGACGGAGAGACUGAUGGCCUUACAGUGUUCAAGGAGAAAUGUAGCUGAAGGAGAUCUGUGUGAGCUGACAGGAGCCAGUGAAACAGAGAGAGACGAGAGGGGCUCCAAGUCUCAGUCCUCCAGAGCAUCUGAUGCCACAGAGGCCACAAUCAGGCACCUGCAGCCUCAUCCGGGACCUGAUAAUGAGGACUCUUCAGCAAGUCGAGAUCACAAAUCUGGCAACAAACGACUAGACUUGGGAUCUUCUCUGAGGAAAAGUAAAGGGACAGACCAGGACCCAAAAGGAUCUCCCGGUAAAAGCUCCACAGGGCCUUCAGCAGAAAACAGCCCUGAAAGACGCAGGAGCAAGGGUCCGGGUGUGUCAGAUGAACUCAGUCUCAGCAGUUCGAGUUCGACCGAGAUCAGUGGGGUCCUGAGCGGACGAUCGCGGACCCUCACACUCUCCUCUGAUGAGAGUGUGGAUAUGAUAGAGGAUGAGAUUGUGGACGAGGGUCUGCCAGUGAAGCCACAGCAGUGGCAGAACCGCAGUGUGACUGAAUGGACGUGUCAACAGGUGUCCUGCUGGCUCAUGGGACUGAACUUGGAACAAUACGUGUCUCUCUUUACUGCCAAGAAUUUGGAUGGAGAGCAGCUUCUGAAGCUGGACAGCACCGCUCUCAAGGCUCUGGGCAUUGAGUCUUCUUCAGAUCGGGCUCUCAUUAAAAAGAAGCUGAAGGAUCUGAAAGUGUUGAUGGAAAAAGCCCGUAGAAACCGAGAGAAGCAGCGCAAGAAGGAACUGGAGCAAACUCGCAAAAACAGCAGUUCCUCCAGACCAGCAGAGGGCGCCACCGAAUGACAGCUUCAUUACAAAAAACAGAUGAGUUCAGCAUUUCACAAGAGUCAGAGUUCAUCCUAAAAGGGGCUUCAUGCUACCGAGCUGCCAUCAGAUGAAUCGAAAACCAAAAUUUCCAGGAAUUCGUUAUUUCUACUGAGCUCAUUAUAGCAGGAUUAUCGCUGCACUUUUGGUUUGACGUCUCAUUGAUAUCUAUUUAUUUGCAUAUGGAGAAUAUGUACAGUAUAUGUUGAAGCAGAGCAUAUCAAGUCAUCCUCCACAGAUAAUAACUGAGCACCUUUAGACGAUGUACAUAUGCAGGAAGUGUGUCUAACGUGCCAUUUUUCUAUCCAAACCAGUUUGUUUGUUAAUGGAGGGCAGAACGUUUUUAAUGCAUCGGCUUUGAUAAAGCACAGGUCAUAUUGAUGGACGAUGUUUCCGUCGACUUUCUCUUCACCUCACAGAGUUUGAGUGCUGCUCAUGAGAACCACUACAGUCCGAGUCACUGACGAAAAACUGUGAAAAGAAAGCCAUUCCGGGUCAAAGCGAAUUUGCAGACUUUCACUACUGUACGGAUCUGCCAGUAUUUAAGUCAAAUACAGCUUGGCGUGUUUGUUCUUUGGAGGUUGUGUUGGCGAUAGCAGAUGCGAUUUCAGGAAUCCGCCAUUUUGAACUCUUCUCCAAAGAUGCGAGACUUGUAUAAAAGCUGCUUCUGUCCCAUAGCGACCUGCUUGUUGUCCUGUCCAUCGCUCUGAGGAAGAUUCUCAGUUAGACCCAAGUGCUGCCUUUUCAAGUGCUGUUUAGACUUUUACUUUAUUUAUAUGGGUUGUCGUUACUGUCUGGACUGCACAGAUUGUGUGAACACACCUCUGUUUAAGCGGCUACAUCUAAAAAUGUAGUAGCGCAGAAGACAAAUGUGCACUUGAAAGAAAGCGCCACUUUAUUUUGGAAAAAACGCUCAUUUUACAAGUCACCUAGAGUUAAACUGUCGAUUUUUACCAUUUUUUUAUUCAUUCAGAUGAUCUUAGGGUGUGGCGGGAGCACUUUUAGUGUAGGAACUAAUUUAGGAACUAACUAAGUAUUAAUUUUUUUAAAUUUUUGAGCGAGAUGCUAAUGGUCUAAUCCGAUUCAAUGAUUUAUGCUAAGCUAAGCUAAGCUAAAAGUGUGUCUGCCAGACCCAAAGAUUGGCUAAAUGAAUUCGAAAAUGGUAAAACUGUUUAACUCUAGGGAAGUUGUAAAAUGAGGCUACUUAAAAAAAAGUGUAGUGUUCCUUUAAAACAGACCUAUAUAUGGACUACUGGUGAAAAGUUUGGGUUCAGUAAGAUGUAUUCAUUUAAUUUUAUUAAUUUAUUUAUAAGCAAUCAAUGCUUUAAUUCACCAAGGAUGCAUUUAAUUUGUGUUUAUUUAUUAUUUUGAUAAGAUACAAAUAUUUGGCUGGAUAUGGAUCCACCACAUAAAAUAACUGAUGAUUUAUUACACUGUGGCGACCUCUGAGUAACAGGGACUAAGCCGAAGGAAUGUAAUUCAAUGAGUGUGAGAUAAACAUAUGCAAACUAAAUAAAUUAAUAAAUAAAUAAUAAAAACUGUCAUAUAUUAACAAGAAAUUGACACGACAAAUAAUUAAUCAAAUUGACCAGAAGCACAUUUAUCAUUUAAAAAUGUAAUAAAGAAAAACAAAUUCUUAAAACUUGCAUAAUUAUUACAUACUUUAAAUUAUUACUGUUUUAACGUAUAUUUAAUAAUACAUAAUCAUACAUUCAGGGUUUAUUCGGUCAUGGAAAAACUGCAAAAGUCAUGGAAUUUCGACAUGGCAUUUUCCAGGCCUUGAAAAGUUUUGGGAAAAGAAAAACCCACAAAGUCAAGAAAAUUAGUUGAACAAAUAUCUGUAUACUUGAAUAUAAGUCAGCUGUCUUUACUUAUAUUCUGUCUUUGGCCAAACACAUGCGCUUGCAUUAUUAGUGCUCUGUAAGCAUUAGCUAAAUCAAUUUUACAUCGAUAAAAAAUUAAUUUAACCUAAAUAGAUUGUUUUGUGUUUUAUAUUUUGCUUUAAUGAAUGUGAUCUUGCAUUGUUUUUUUAUUAUUUACCUGGUAUACGUAGACAUUAUAUAAAAAAUUAGGUCCUGAAAAUUUACUUGAUAGUUCAGGAAAAGUCCUGGAAUUUGAGUAAUAAAAAUGUGUAUGAAUCCUGUACAUUUUAUUUGUAUAGCACUUUUCCUAACUUAAAGCUUCACAAACAUAAGUGCGGUUUAUUUAUAAACUAAUUCAGAGAGGAUCAUGUGCUUAUGAUUGAUCACAGCUGGUCCUGCAUCAGCUUCACAUAUCGCGCCAAUCAGAUGAAUAUUAACUUACUAAAAAUGACCAGUUUUACACUUCAGUCAUCUUCGUCUUGAAGAAUCCCCCUUCCACCCCAUCUCCUCCCCCUUCUCCUGAUAGGGCAGCACAGUGGCCCAGAGGUUAGCACUCAUAGCAAGAACACCACUGGUUCAAAUCCUUACAGAGCCAGUCGGCCUUUGCAGAGUUUGCAUGUUCUCCCUGUUCUCGCAUGGGUUUUCCCUGGGUCUUCCCCAGUUUCCUCUCACCAUCCAAAGAAAUAACAUAUGAGUAAUUUGACUAAUCCAAAGUGGCCUCAUAAGAAAAACUUGUAGCCAGCUAUAUCUCUUAGCUAUUCCUAACACAUUCAUAAGCAGGGGAGUUCUCAAGACCUACUUGAGCUCAAACUCUCCUCUCGCCCUUCGAACGUGAGGGAGCCCUGGGCCUAAGGAUAUUCUGAGCUUAAGGCUCUCUCCCGGGACAGCAUGACAAACACACUUUAUGAUCAAUCAUCAGCUAAGUGUGAACUCUUGAAACAAAUAUUAAGAAACAACAACAAUAUUAGGUAAAAUAUUAAAAAUCUGAUAAACAGAUACACCCCGCCAAACACAGUCAAACACACACACACAAGUAAAUAAAUAAAACAAAAUACUUUAGUAAAACAUUUUGUGAAAUAAAUGCAGCCUUGGUGAGCAUAAGAAACCUCUUACAAAGUGAAUAAUCUUACUAACCCUACACUGUUUAACAGUAGUGUACGCCUCAGUUUGAUCCCAAUGUUUUUUUUUUAAUCCGUUAGUUUUCAGAUUCACAAAGAGAGAAUCGUAAUGUGGUAAAGAAGUGUUUUAUAUUGCAAUUUGCUGCAUAUAGAGUAACCAGUAUCGCCUCUAUUGAUUUAUCCUGGGUUGUAUUUUCAAAUUUAUGCAACACAUCUCCCAUAUUGUAAGUAUACAAAACACAGAAGCCUAUAGACAUGCUUUUUCGCAUUUCAGACUCUGCUUUGCCAGUUAUGCGUUUUUUUUUCACUGCCCGAUUUAACCUGCCUAGUCUUGUUCUCCCUUCAGUUAUGAUACAUCUAUCGUUCAUGUUUACAUCUUAAGGAUUAUUCUAUGAUUUCCUCAGCAACACGAAGGCAGCUUCAGUGAGCAGUGUACAGAGCACAUUAGGCAGUGCCUGAUGUCCAAGUGGAUUUUAUUACAAGCACUCAAAUGUAAAGCCUAAAGUAUGCUUCGUUUUGGGCUUUUUGGCAGGUGUUCGACACAUAGAAAGACUCAUACUUGUCCAUCGUCUUCACUGUUUCUCUUUAUAAGCUUCGAUAGACUACUUUAAACUUUUAAAGUAGUCGCGUCAACCCAGUCUGUUGGUUUUGCCUUCACUCACUGGCCACUUUAUUAGGUACACCUGUCCAACUGCUUGUUAACGCAAAUUUCUAAUCAGCCAAUCACAUGGCAGGAACUCAAUGCAUUUA